CCCCCCAUAUCAAGUCGCUCUGAGCGGGUCACAGGCGAUACCUGGCCUUUGUUAUCUAUCUUCGCUUUCCUGUGACGCUCGCUUCUCUCUCCGGUGUUCUAAUCCGCACGAUCUUCUCCAAACUCGCCCUGUACCGCCGACCAAGCCGCCAACAUGUCCUACUCUGACUACCCCACCUCGCCACAGUCCCCGGGCAGCAUGUCUACCCGCCGCCUCACCAACAGAAACACCAACCGCUACAGCGUCACCGCGCUUUUUAGCAUGGCCGCCGAGCAGGACGUCGAGGUUGAGGAUGAGCUGGGCCGCGCCCAAAAGCGGCUGAGGGAGCUCAAGUCGCGGAUAUCCGCUCAGUCGAAGCGCAACUUCGUGCUCGAGCGAGACGUCCGCUUCCUUGACUCUCGUAUCGGUUUGCUCAUCCAAAAUCGAAUGGCUCUUGAUGAGCAACACGAGGUGGAGAAGCACCUAGAAGAGGUCGACCCGACUGAGGGCCACUAUCCAGACGACCGAAAGCUGCAGCAGUACUCGAACCUCUUCUUCCUCCUCCAAUCCGAGCCAAGACAUAUCGCGAACCUGUGCCGCCUCGUCUCUUUGACCGAGAUCGACACCCUCCUCCAGACGGUCAUGUUCACGCUCUACGGAAACCAGUACGAGUCGCGAGAAGAGCACUUGCUGCUGACCAUGUUCCAGUCCGUGCUCUCCUCCCAGUUCGAAACCGCGACCGAGUUCGGCUCCCUACUCCGCGCCAACACCCCCGUCUCGCGCAUGAUGACCACUUACACCCGCCGCGGCCCAGGUCAGAGCUACCUGAAGAGCGUGCUCGCUGAGCGGAUCAACAGCCUCAUAGAACACAAAGACCUCAACCUGGAGAUCAACCCGGUCAAGGUCUACGAGCAGAUGAUCCAGCAGAUCGAGGAGGAGACAGGAACCCUCCCGCCCAAUCUGCCGCGCGGAGUGGCCCCGGAGGUGGCCGCCGCGAACGCGGACGUGCAGGCCAUCAUCGCGCCGCGGCUGACGAUGCUCAUGGAGAUUGCGAAUUCGUUCUUGCUCACGAUCAUGGAGAGUUUGGAGAGCGUCCCAUACGGUAUCCGGUGGAUCUGCAAGCAGAUUCGCAGCCUGACCAGGCGGAAGUACCCUGACGCAACGGACUACGCCAUCUGCUCGCUCAUAGGCGGUUUCUUCUUCCUUCGCUUCAUCAACCCUGCGAUUGUCACGCCACAAGCAUAUAUGCUUGUAGAAGGCGUCCCUGCAAAGCAUCCCAGACGGACAUUGACCUUGAUUGCCAAGAUGCUGCAGAACCUUGCCAACAAGCCGUCGUACGCCAAGGAGGCAUAUAUGAUCACGCUUAACCCGUUCGUAGAGAACAACAAGGCGCGGAUCAACCAGUUCCUGAACAACCUAUGUGAAGUUGGCGACUUUUAUGACACCCUAGAGAUGGACCAGUACAUGGCCCUGUCGAAGAAGGAUCUCGUUAUCAACAUUACUCUGAAUGAGUUGUAUAACACCCACUCCCUGAUUCUACAACACAUCGAAGUCUUGUCACCAAAUGACAAGCAACAUCUGCGAAUCUUGACCGACGAGCUCGGCGCCGCACCGCCUCAGGUUCCCCGGAAGGAGAACCGGACGAUCGAGCUGCCCCUCUACAGCCGGUGGGAGACCCCCGUGCAGGACAUCCUCAUGGACUCGGUCUCGCCGUCCGACAUGCUCUACAUGGAAGCGAAGUCGAUCUUCGUGCAGCUCAUCCGGUCGAUCCCGGGUCUGGCCGAGAAGCGGCCGUACAACCUCGCCGCGAUUGCGGAGCGCGCCGCGACGACCAAGGAUGCGACGCUCGUCCGCAAGGGCAUCAAGGUCAAGGAGAUGCUGCGCGAGCUCGAGGAGCAGAAGAUUGUCGACCGGGGAGACGGCUACAAGCUCAUGCAGGACGAGGUCUCAGCCGAGCUCGUCCACCUCGGCAACCUGCGCGAGAAGGUCCUAUUGGAGACGAAGAGCCUCGAGGCGGUGUACAAGACGAUCUGCGACCACAACAACUACCUGCGGGGCCAGCUCGAGCAGUACAAGGCGUACCUGCAGAACGUGCGGCUGACGGCGUCGAAGGAGAAGGGCCAGUCGACGGGCGUGGGCGUCGUCACCGUGGGCGGGAAGGAGAAGAAGCCCGCGAAGCCGGUCGUGCACGGGCCGUACCGGUUCACGCACGCGCAGCUCGAGAAGGAGGGCAUCAUCGUCGAAAGCAACGUGCCCGACAACAGGCGGCCGAACAUCUACUUCAACUUCACGUCGCCGACGCCCGGCACGUUCAUCAUCGCGCUGCACUAUAAGGGUCGGGAGAAGGCGAUCCUGGAGAUGGAUCUCAACAUCGAUGAUCUCCUUGAGAAGCAAAAAGACAACAAGCACCUGUUGGACCUUGAGUAUGUGCAGCUCAACGUCCCGAAGGUGCUCGGUCUCCUCAACAAGAUCUUCACGAAACGAUGAACGAAUUCCUCUCGUCUGCACCCGUUACCCCUUGCCUUCGCGCAUUCUUGAUUCCCCCAAUCUCUCGGUCAUUGAUGCCUCUGAACAUGAUCACGCCCACGCUCGUUUUGGUUGUCCCUCUCCUCGUGCUACCCCCGACCAUAUCUACACGAUCUUUUCAUGUCCUCUCCUUAUUUCCCGUCAGCUUUGUUGUUCAUUCCGUCGUCCUCUCUCGCGAGUAUGAUUAUCAUACACCCGGGCCACUGCGUUGCUGUCUCCUCUUUAUACCUAUUCCUUUGUUCAUGCCUCACGAAGAGUCGGUCCCGCGCGCUCGGGUUGUAACAGCAUUCCUCGUCCUCUCUCCUUGCCCCUAUCAUUGUCAGUCCGUUUGUUCGUAUUAUUUUGUCCUUCGCGCGCCGAUCACGGUUCUCACGUUCGCGCUCGACCUUCCGCUCGUGUCUGUCCUGUCCCGCC